UGGAGAAGGGGGUGUCUGGAGGCGCCAUGUCGGGCCGGGAAGGUGGCAAAAAGAAGCCCCUGAAACAGCCCAAGAAGCAGACUAAGGAAAUGGACGAGGAAGAUAAGGCUUUCAAGCAGAAACAAAAAGAGGAGCAGAAGAAACUCGAGGAGCUAAAAGCCAAGGCCGCGGGGAAGGGACCCCUGGCCACAGGUGGAAUUAAGAAAUCUGGCAAAAAGUAAGCUGUUCCUCAUAUCUUGAGAUGAUGGUGACCCUCUUCCAUUCCGCCUGUUAAACAUCUGGAUUCCCUACUAUAAUAUAACAUCAUUGCCACCUAUAGUUAGAAUGAAGUGUUAUCCUGGAGCCUGUUGUACAUUGUAAUAAACUUUUGUAAAAAAAAUAAUAAUAAAAUAAAUAAUACAAUGGC